AUGUCUACAGACCAAGCUCCAUGGCACGCAGCCUUUCCCGCCCCAAGAACCACGGCAGCCACACUACCCCGCCAAGAGCUAUUACAAUGGCUCAAGGAGGGUAAGCAACCCGGCAAGGACUUCGUCCUAGUAGACCUACGACGCGCAGAUUACGAGGGAGGCACCAUCCGGGGAUCCUUAAACCUCCCCGCUCAGAGUUUAUAUCCCACCAUUCCUACCCUUUACAAGCUUCUAGCAGCGAGUAAAGUGGAGAGUGUUAUUUGGUAUUGCGACACAGGAUCAUCCGCAGGUCGUGGAACGCGGGCUGGCGGUUGGUUCGCGGAUUAUCUUCAGGAUCAAGGGGAGACGACCCUGAAGAGCCUGGUCUUGGAAGGUGGGAUUAAAGGUUGGGUAGCUGCAGGGCCGGAAUAUACGGACCUUAUGGACGGAUAUGAUGCAUCGUUCUGGGCGAAGACGACUUCUGCAUAG